AUGCUGCAGGGAAUCCGGGCACGCUUCCCCACCCUGCUCGCCGCAGCUGGAGCGACCGCGGCUGUCGGCGGAUAUGUGGUUUGGACGGCCACCCGCCCGGCGCUGGCCGCCACGCCUGCCAGUGCUCUGAGCCCCGACGAGUGGCGCUCCUUGAAGCUUGUGCACAAGGAGCAGCUGACGAAGACCACCAACCCUGUCUGGCUCUUCCGCUUUGCACUACCAGAUGAGAAGCAGGUGGUGGGGCUGCCAGUGGCCUCCUGCCUCCUCACGCGCGCCCCCAUCACCAAGAAGGACGGCCGCCCCGGCUGGGCCAUCCGCCCGUACACUCCCAUCACAGCCCCCGAUGCCAGGGGCCACUUCGACCUCGCCAUCAAGGUCUACAAACAGCCCAGCCCCGGAAAGGUCUCCACCUUCUUCGAGGGACUAUCUGUGGGGGACAGCGCCGACUUCAAGGGCCCCCUGCCCAAGCUGAGCCUGUCCGACAUCGCCAAGCGCAAGGAGGUCGGCCUGGUGGCUGGCGGCACAGGCCUGACACCCAUGCUCCAGGUGGCCACUGAGGCGCUGCGCCAGGGCCUCCCCCUCAAGCUGAGCUUCAUCUUCGCCAACGUGUCCGAGGACGACAUUGUCAUGCGCAAGCACCUGGACGGCCUGGCUGCCAAGCACGACAACUUCAGGGUGUACUACGUGGUGGACAAGGCGACCAGCAAGUCCUGGCCCGGCGGCGUCGGCUUCAUCACCAAGGACAUGCUGAAGCAGCACCUGCCCCACCCCGGCCCCGACAGCCUGGUGUUGGUGUGCGGCCCUCCGGGCAUGAUGGGCGCGCUGAGCGGGGACAAGCUACCCGACAAGUCCCAGGGGCCCCUGACCGGCCUGCUCAAGGAGCUUGGCUUCGACGAGAGCAACGUGUACAAGUUCUGA